AAUAACUAGCACUUAUUAAGAGAUUACUUAGAAGUAGUUGGUAAAAGAUAAUUUGCGGUGGACAUUGACAUGAGAACAUGCCAGGAAAGUCCUGGAAGUAGUUCCUAAACAUAAUUUGUGGUGGACAUUGGUAUGAGAACAUGCCAGGAAAGUCCUAGAGUUGACCCGAAAUAGGUAAUUUUAGCUUACCCUUUUCUGCAAAUCAAACGAAUGGGAGAUUCAGUUUCCACUUUCAAGGAGAAAUACAAAGAUUUUCUAGUCAUUAGAGGCAUGUCUGCUAAGUUUUUUGCUUUUUUUUUGCUAUUAAUACUGUCAUCAAAGUGUAGUGGGAUAAGAGAUGGAGAUGAUCUGAAAGAUACAGAGGAUGAUUCAUGUUUGUUGUGUUGUAACAAAGCCUCAGAUGCACACGAUAUCCGGUUAGAAUUCAACCAUUCGCCUGGGAAUGUUACACCCAUAGAUCUAUAUGAUGAUUAUCAAAAUUAUGUUGCCAUAAAAAAAUUGACUUCACACAGGUUACCGAUUCUAUGUACCGUCACAAGUUAUGAAACUGCUUUCUCUGCGGAAAUCAAUGCGUUUACCAGGAGAGCCAAGGCAAACGUACUUUGUGCGCUGCCUGCAAUAGAUAAAGCAACAAUGGGAAACGAAUCUUCGACGAGUUACAUGUCUCGUCAUAUGUACGAAAUUGCGCGCGAGAUUGCCAGUCUAAUCGGCCACUACCUGUGGUUGAAGCCUGGGACAACUGUUUACGAGGAAUCUGAUGGAAUUAGUGAUUUAGACAUAGUCACUUUCAACUUGAACAGCCGUAAUCCAACGCCGAAUACAGGUGGGAUCAUUCAAAUGGCUGCAACUUUAUCGUUUUCGACAUCCAAGCCAGUUCACUAUUAUACAGAGAUAAGCAUUGCCGUACCAGUAAGAUCGAUUCCCAUGCAGUUUCUUAACAUAAGCCAGGACGAGAAGAACCAUAAUGAAGCACAAAUAAAAGGUUUUUGGAUUGAUCUUUUUAAAGAAGCUGUUGCAGUGAUGCCAAUCAAUACCACUUAUAAACUGGUUCCUUUCUACGGUUCUGAUGAUCAAUUGUUUAAGGCACUUGCUCGCAGGACUUUUGAUGCAGCCAUUGGCUUAACAGUAAUGACCAGAAAAGGGUCCGAUCUCUUAGAAUUCUCAUAUCCAUAUUUCGAAGUAGGCCCGAUGCUAGUGAUGAAGAAAAAGCCUGAACUGAACCAAGUUUUUUCAUUCAUGAUGCCUUUCACCAACGAGAUGUGGUGUACUUUUGCAGCUAUGACGGUGUUCAAUGCUUUUGUUAUUUGGUUAGUUGAGUCUAGAACUGGUCAUGAAUCUGUUGGAGCUAUCUUCUGGUUCCCUUUGGCGACCCUCUUCUAUGGAGGGCAUAGGGAAUCACCGAGGAGCAAUUUAACACAUUUUGUGUUGGCCCCAUGGUUGGUCCUGAUCCUGGUUGUUUCUUCAACCUAUACACAAAGCUUUACUUCCAUGAUAACAACAAGCUCAGACACCGAGUCAUCAUCUUGCUUAGAUAUAGAAGAUCUCAAGAAAACAAAUGCUAUUGUGGGUUGUGAUAUGGAAGAUUCAAUUAUGUUCAAUCAUUUAGUGGAGUACAUUGGGUUUCAAAGAAAGAACAUCAAGCACAUUGCUCAAUCUUCAAUCGAUGAUUAUGCUAAAGCUCUAUCAACUGGAAAAAUAAAGGCUGCAUUCUUUUGGGCGCCUUAUUCGGGUCUUUUCCUUGCAAAAUACUGCAAAGGUUUCAGAUCUUGGUGCCCCAACCGUAAUUUACGUGGUUCUUCAUUUAUUUUUCCAAGGGAUUCUCCUUUUGCUCCAUAUAUGUCAGAGGCCAUGGUGCGAUUAUGUGGGAGUGGAAAAUUCAAGCGAAUGAAGGAUGAUUUACUAUCAUUUCCAGAGUGUUCGAGUUCAACAAUUGAUGUCACCAUGAAACGAGGAAUAGGACCUGGGCCCUUCUCAGGCUUAUUUAUUUUAUCAGGCACGGCAUCUGCAGUUGCAAUAUUGAUCACGGUUAUUCAACCGAUGAGAAGACGCUGGGAGGUUGGUUCAAGAAUGUUGAUGGGUAGAGGACUUUGGGUAUGGCUGACUACUCUGUUUUCUCGAGACCAAAGAGGAAAUCAGCUCCAAGUUCAACUAGCAAGGAUGAAUUUCACGUCCCAAACACAACUUACCAGCUCCUAGCAUCAUGGGUGUAAAUGGAGGUCGAAGAUGUAUUUAGUUUCUUAUAUUUAUCAUGCCGGCGAAAACAAUUAUGUUAGAAACCUAUAAGGAACGAUCAUAGAAAAAUCAAAAUAUGUUUGAAAUUGUUAAAUGUAGCUUGAGUUCAUAGUUGAGUAUAAAAAUAUAAGUAACGAUGGGUGCCUUCGUGUUGGAGAUGAGGAAGAGCAAAGGAAGAAAUACAGGACAAAAGACAAGGCAGCAAGAUAUUUUAGAAAUAUUUGUACUUGCUCACAAAUGUGCAGCAAGAGAGCUUGUAACGCCCCCUUUCCCGAGACCGUCACCGGAGUCGAGCAUGAGACAUUACUAAAUUUAUUUUAGCAUUUAAACAAGUUCAAACAAUUCUCGUAGUAAACUGUCCAUCUGCGUCACAGUCGCUAAAAAAAUCAUAUCUUGAGUUACGAAACUCGAAAUCAAAUUUCGUAAAUUUUCUAUGAAA